AUGUCGGCCGCCGUGGCGUGCCUGGACUACUUCGCCGCUGAGUGCUUGGUGUCCAUGUCCGCGGGCGCCGUGGUUCACCGCCGCCCGCCGGACCCCGAGGGCGCGGGCGGAGCCGCAGGCUCGGAGGUGGGUGCGGCGCCGCCGGAGUCCGCUCUGCCGGGUCCGGGGCCACCGGGACCCGCGUCGGUCCCCCCGCUCCCCCAGGUCCCCGCCCCCAGCCCCGGCGCGGGCGGCGCCGCGCCCCACCUGCUGGCUGCAAGCGUCUUGGCUGACUUGCGCGGCGGCUCUGGGGAGGGCUUCGGGGAGAACUCGGGGGAAGCUCUGCGCGCCUCGUCCGGCUCCUGCGACCCGACCCGGUGCUCCGGCCCGACCCUGGGCUCAGAGCCGACCCCGGCCUCCAGCGCGGCCGAGGUCUCCGGACCCGCGCACUCCUCCGGCGCGCUCGCGGUCCCAGGCGCUCCUGCCGUCUCCGGAGCGCCUGCCGCCCCCGGGGCGGUCCCCGGCGUGGCCCCUGGGGCGGGCCCCGCCCCCGCCACAGGUCCAGUCCCUCGUCGGAGGCCGGUUACACCUGCAGCGAAGCGCCAUCGCUGCCCCUUUCCGGGCUGCAACAAAGCCUAUUACAAGUCGUCGCAUCUGAAGUCCCACCAGCGCACCCACACGGGUGAGCGCCCUUUCUCCUGCGACUGGCUCGACUGCGACAAGAAGUUCACGCGCUCCGACGAGCUGGCCCGCCACUACAGGACGCACACGGGCGAGAAGCGCUUCUCCUGCCCCCUCUGUCCCAAGCAGUUCUCCCGGAGUGACCAUCUGACCAAGCAUGCUCGCCGCCACCCAGCCUAUCAUCCUGACAUGAUCGAGUACCGCGGGCGUCGUCGCACUCCCCGAGUCGACCCCCAACCCACCAGCCUGGUGGACAGCUCCGCCUCCAUCCCCGGCCAGGAGCCCAGCCUCACCACCUGCCUGUCUGACAGUCAUUGCUGUUAGUCAUCCCACAAGGACGAUCGCCCAGACCGUUGUCCCUGCCUUUUCCUUGCCCAACCCUCUCUCCCAGAGUCAUUAGACCAAGGCACAGACUGGUUCCUCUGCUCGGAGGAUGGGUCCAGGGAGGCACGUUGGACCCUGGGGAGGGACUGGGGGCCCGAAAAUAGCAGGAAUUCUUACAACACGUAUAUCAACCUAAAGGGGAGAGGGUUGCCUCAAGACAGCCCCCAGGAACUGGUGAAAAAGGGAUGAACCCCCGUACUCUCCAGAGUCCUGAAGAUUCUCCCCUGGAACCAGAGAUGUGAAGCUGGAAUUCUCAGGUGCCUGAGGAGCUCCCAGUCUCAGAGGACUCUAGUGUCUUAUCCACCCGCCAGGGCGGACCUUGGAGAGGGUUUCAGGGGUGGCAGUCUUGGAAAUGUCCAGGACUGGAAUGGUGAGAGGCCUUUGGAAACAGAAAUGAUUUCUAUUUCUGUAAAUAGCAAUGUUUACUAAUUUAUUUUUAGUAUCUUUUAAACAGGGAUCCCAGGUUGAUGGGAGGUUGAUGUCCUCCACUCCCCAAUUGCCCCAGCUACCUCUGGUAGGAGAGGCCAUGUAAGAGUCCAUGUGAAUGUAUGGCUGGGAGAUGCUUCUUGGUGUCUGGGGAGUGUUGCGAGUCUGUUUGCAGGUCCUGUUGCAUGGUGUGGAACCCUGCACUUGCGCCGUAGCCUUUCUUCUCAUUUGGAUUCCUACUUGGGGAGGGCAACUUCCUGGCUCACUCUCACAGUGAGAUUGGUUGAAAAUUUUGGAAACAACCAUGAAAGUACCAGAAAUAAGAGAGUGGUCCAGGCUAGUUCCCCUUUUAGCCAGAGGGCACACCCAAGUGACUUUGGGUGAGAUAGGUCCAAAACAAGACCUUUCAGGAUCAUUGUUAAUAUUCAGGGAAAUAGGGGCGUGUGGUUCCAGCUGCCCAGUCCAAGUAAUCUCAGGUGUGGUAGAUUCUGUUCAUUUCUUAGUGGCUAACGAGGGGUUUAUUUCCCUUGGGAUGUGUGCAUUUUUGUUUUUGCAGUAAAUGAGUUGAUGGUUUGGGGAGGGGAAGAUGAGAGUGGCUUUCUCCAAAGAUUUGGCUGCCCUGGACUUGGACUU